AUGUCGACUCACGGUCGAGGCCGACGAGUCUCGAUGGUUGUCCCUUUUUCCAUGAGAUUUCUUCGCGCUUGCUCACAUCGACCAUUCUAUGACCUCGAAGACCCACAUGCCCGCAUCAUCUUAAAAAGUGAUAAAAAGCCCGACGUCAAGGCCAAGGGCAAUGAGUUUUGGUCGUUGGCUCAUUUGGCAUCGAACUAG